CUCCUGGAGAGGACCUAAGAGCUCUCAGCAAAGAGAACGUGAACAUGGAUAUCAGAACCUUCAUGAGCUUGAAAAAAGACUCUGUGCUGAAUCUAACAGCUGACGAUAUCAAGGGCUUGCUGGGACUAAAUCUUGAAGAUCUGAAAAAAGAACAAUACAAUUCACCUUCAAAGGACUGGAUCCGACUGCAGAGACAGUCCGAGCUGGAUAAACUGGGCAUUGGGCUCACUGGGGGAAUACCAGAUGGAUAUAUCAGUAUUCCACCCAAGUUUGAAAAGCCAACAUCAGCCUCUCUGAGGACCAAUGUCAGCACUUUCCACCUCCUGCCUGCGUUGCUCCUAAGUUUUCUUCUGACUUCAUUCCUGUCAUGAAGAUCUUCACCCCAGGAAACAGGAAGGUGGAACUAAAUCUUGAUUUCUCUACGGCGUGUCACAGGAAGACACAGAAAUAUACAACUGAGGGGAAAACCCUAUAUCAGCAGGCAGCAUGUGCGGGAGCAGUAGCCAUCUUAGCUGCUUUCCUUUUUUUAUUCAUUCAGUUCAAAAACAAGAUUGUGAGCUCUUCCAGGCAGGGACCCUCUGCUUGUUCUGCAUUUGUACAGCACCUAGUGCCACGGGAUUCUAGCCCAUGACUGGGGCUCAUAGGCCCUACCACACAAUGCAAAUAAUAAAUAAUCCUAAUCUUACCACAUAACCUGUAUGGUAUUAGCCCAGUAGGCAAAGGGGUUAGAAGAUGAGCUGGUAUCGGGAUAUCGGGCAUGCUCAAUAACUUAUCAAAAGCUUGCUGUUUGUCCACUGCAAGGAUCUGUGGACUGGGCAUGGAAGUC